AUGACAAAGAAAAAGAAGCCCAAGCGUGGUCUCUCUGGUAAGGGAGGCUCUGCGUCUCCUUCUUCCUCUGCCUCAUCUCAAUGUUCCGGCGCCUCCAAGCAGGUCUCUUCCAAGGCCCCCGCUUCCUCUUCACCGAUAAAGCUUGACCUCGCAGCCUCUAUUGUAGAUGGCUCGGUCGACCUUCCAGUCCCAGAUCUGCAGCUGGAGUCUAGGGCUACAGUGCAAACCUCAAUUGACGCAAUCGAACCUGCCGCUAAGGAAGUGAGUUCGACUCCGUCAGCACCAACGAAAGCUCAGGACAGUGGACCUCAGGACACUUCUGUACCAUCUGCGCCAGCUACUUCGGUAGCGAACCCAGAACCGGAGACCCAAGCUGAUCUCCCUACCUUACCUUCUGCGCCAGCUACCAUUGUAGCGAACCCAGAACUUGAAACCCAAGUUGAUCUACCUAUCAUUAACCCUCUGGCUGAGAAGGCCACGACGGCAGCUGCUGUCGCGCCUGCAACUCUUCCGGCAAACAAGUCAAAUGACGAAUGGGUGGGCUUGUUCAAAGCCAAAGGAAAGAAAUUGGAGAAAAAGGGGACUCCUUUCACUCUCCCAUCCGGCGAAAAGUGCAUUAACAUCCCAAAUACCGUUAUAGAAAAGAAUAAGAAAUCAUGGGAAGCUUUUGUCAUCGGCCAGUUCUACUCAGAUCCGCCGCCACAGAAGCUAAUCCACAAUAUUGUUAAUGGCAUUUGGAGCAAGCAAUAUAAGGAUAUCACGGUCUCGAAGCUUGAAGGAAAUGCUUUCCUAUUUCGCAUUCCGAAUGCGGCGACACGUAACCGGGUCAUCUACCAGCGCUUGUGGCAGAUUGAGGGUCAAACGAUGUUUGUUGCUAAUUGGGAACCUGGAAACCUCCCUGAGAAGCCGGCACUCACCUCUGCGCCCAUCUGGCUCGAGCUCCGAAAUGUCCCGCUCCAGUUCUUUAACGAGGACGGACUCGAAAGGAUAGCGGGUUUGGUAGGUCAUCCCAAAUAUCUCCACCCUGCAACGGCUAACAAAACGAUCUUAGAUGUGGCUAAGGUGCUUACUAUCAUCGACCCUAGGAUGCCACUACCGGAAGCUGUUAAUGUGCAGUUUGAUUCUGGCGAUAUCUGUAGGGUAACAGUCUCUAGUCCUUGGAUGCCUCCGGUUUGCUCACACUGCAGGGAGAUUGGCCAUAGCAUCAAGCGCUGCCCCUCUGCUCCCAUCACCUGCACGAACUGCAAAUCAACUUCCCACUCGACUGAAUCAUGUACUCGUGCAAAAAGUCAGGAGACCAAGAAACCCAAGAGGACCAGGCGCUCUAGGUCCCGUCAAAAGGCUAAUAACCCACCGCAAAAUUCCAUAGCUCCGCCGCAUCUUCCCAACCACCGUGAUACUCCUGCCGGCCAUCUUGUGGAAUCUGUUAAAGGCAAAGGCAUUGCCCCUCCUGCUGAUACUAAUUCUGCCAUUGCUCGCACCUCUCCUCACCUCGCAAACGCUUCUCUGCGUGCCAAUGAGGCUGAGUCCAGUAAGGUGAACGACCAGAUGCCUGUCUCUGAAGUAGAAUCUGACUCAUCAGACAUCCCGACAUCUGAUUCUGACGUGGAAGAAGGACAAUAUAUUCCCGUAAAAACAAGACACAAGGCCAGUAUUGUCGAAACUCAUGUUCAGCAUCGGAAGCAGCAGAAGUUUGUGAACAAGUUGUUGCCGGGCUGGAACUAUGAUAAUAACUAUGCUUUCUCGGAGUUAGGAAAAAUUUGGAUUUUAUGGCACCCUAGUGUGAAGGUGGAUGUCUUUUCAAAAUCUCUACAGAUGAUUUCCUGCGAAGUGUCACUGCCUAACUCAACCUCUCCAAUGGUUGUUUCGUUUGUGUAUGCUUCUACGGAUGAGGCUAUCAGGAGGAAUCUUUGGUCUGAGUUGAUCUCCCUAUCUCAAGACCAGCGCUUAACAGGGAAACCUUGGGCAGUGCUUGGAGACUUCAACCAGGUCAUGCGACCUCAAGAAAACUCUGCAGCUACUACUACCAAUGUGGAUCUCCCCACCCGGCUUUUUGUUGAUGCUUUAGCCCAAUCAGGCCUAUCUGACUUAACAUUCAGAGGCUCUUCAAACACUUGGUGGAAUAAGAGGCGUGCUGAGCCUAUUGCUAAAAAACUCGAUAGAGUUGUUGUCAACGAUGAAUGGUCUCUGAGCUUUCCCUUAUCUUUGGCUAUCUUUGGGGAGCCAGCAUUCUCUGAUCACGCCUCCAUCAGCCUGUCUCUCCAAUCUGGUGAUCCGAGGCAGAAGAAACCGUUUCGCUUUUUCAACUAUCUUCUUCAAGAUGUGGGCUUUAUUCCUCUCGUGGCAGAUCACUGGUUUUCCUAUCAGGUUAAUGGUCAUUACAUGUUCCGAGUUGUUAAAAAACUAAAAAGUCUGAAGCAGAAAAUCAGAGAGUUUAGCAGGAAUCAUUACUCGGAUAUUGAAAAGAGGGUUAAAGAGGCAUCUGAAGCACUUGCUACGGCUCAGGUGCGAACACUUAAUGACCCAUCUACCGAAAAUGCAACCCUUGAGCUCUCACUUCAGGAGAAGUGGUUAAUUCUCUCCAAGGCCGAGGAAUAUUUCUUUUUUCAGCGAUCCAGAGUUACAUGGUUGCAAGUUGGCGACCGUAACACCCCUUACUUCCACCGCAUGGCAAACGCGAGACAAGCUAUGAACCAUAUUCACUAUUUGGAAGAUGCUGCUGGUAAUCGCUUUGAAUCUCAAGCGGAGAUUCUAAACCUUUGUGUCGAAUAUUUCUCUGACCUUCUUGGAAAGCCGGUUGACCCUCCUUUAUUCAUUCAAGACGACAUCUCUGGCCUCUUCACGUUUUCUUGCUCUGAAGCUCAGCAGGAUUGUUUGACCUCUCCCUUCUCUUGUGAAGAGAUUAAGUCGGCAUUCUUCUCACUGCCCCGUAACAAAGCGAGCGGGCCUGAUGGAUAUUCUCCGGAGUUCUUUACUACUGCUUGGUCUAUUGUCGGUGGUGAGGUAUCUGCAGCAGUUUCUGAGUUCUUCUCUACUGGCUCUUUGUUGAAACAGCUAAAUGCUACCAACCUGGUCCUCAUCCCAAAAAUCCCUAACGCCUCCAGGACCACUGACUUCCGCCCGAUUUCAUGCCUAAAUACUAUUUAUAAGGUGAUCUCUAAACUUCUCUCAGACAGGUUGAAAGGGAUCAUAGGUUUGGCAGUAGGUAAUUCUCAAUCGGCCUUCAUUCCUGGGCGCUUGCUCUCUGAGAACGUGCUUCUGGCAACUGAGAUUGUUCAUGGUUACAACACAAACAAUGUCGAGCCUAGUGGAAUGUUGAAAGUGGAUUUGAAGAAGGCCUUUGAUUCCAUUAGGUGGGACUUUGUUCUUGCAGCUCUAAAGGCUAUCAACGUCCCUGACAGGUUUAUCAAUUGGGUCUCCACGUGCAUAUCCAGCGCCUCCUUCUCUGUUUCCGUUAAUGGUCUUACGGGAGGCUUCUUUAAAAGUACUCAAGGUUUGCGCCAAGGGGAUCCAUUGUCCCCCUACCUCUUUGUGCUUGCCAUGGAAGCUUUUUCUGGACUACUCCGAUCUCGGUACAGAUCAGGGUAUAUUUGUUAUCACCCCAAAACCGAGGAACUGGAAAUCUCUCACCUCAUGUUCGCAGAUGAUGUUAUGAUAUUUUUUGACGGUAGCGGCUCUUCCCUACAUGGUAUCAACGACACCCUUGACGACUUUGCUGGAUGGUCGGGGCUUCAUAUGAACAGAGAGAAGACACAGCUUUUUCAUGCCGGGUUAAGCUUAGAAGAAACUACUGAACUUUCGGCUUACGGCUUCGCUACGGGCUCGCUGCCUAUACGGUAUCUGGGCUUACCGCUUAGGCACCGCAAGCUGAGAAUUUCAGAGUACUCGCCUCUCAUCGACAAGCUCACCACCAAAUUCAAUUUCUGGGCCACCAAAACCCUCUCCUUCGCAGGACGUAAUCUACUUAUCAAGACGGUGAUCACGGGGUUAGUCAACUUUUGGAUAUCUACCUUCUCCCUGCCUGAAGGUUGUAUUCGCAAAAUUGAGUCUCUCUGCUCGAGGUUCUUAUGGUCAGGCUCAAUAGAUACACGGGGUCAGGUCAAAGUAGCUUGGAAAACGGUUUGUCUGCCUAAAGAAGAAGGAGGACUUGGUCUGCGUAACUUCAAGCGCUGGAACACUACGCUGCUGUUGAGGUUUGUCUGGCUCCUCUUCUCUGGUAGCGAUUCUCUUUGGGUGGCAUGGCACAAGCGGCAUAAUAAUCUUCGCUCCCCACACCACUUCUGGACCCAGCAGGAAGCACAAAGCCAUUCCUGGAAUUGGCGCUGUUUGCUCCGUUUGAGGGACCUUGCUUCUCGUUUCUUAUUCAGUGAUGUUAAGAGCGGUUGGACACUCCCUCAUCCUCGUUCUGAGGAGGAAGUAGCUCUACACACUUACCUCUCCUCGAUCCCUGUUCCCUCACCGGAGUUGGGUACAGACCGUUACAGCUGGACGGUGGAAGGUGAUUCCUGCAGCACAUACUCUUCCUCUAAGACAUGGGAGGUCCUUAGACCUAGAGGAACAAGACAGCCCAGCGCUAAGCACAUCUGGUUUAGUGGGGCAACUCCGAAGCAUGCUUUUCACAUGUGGGUUACUAAUUUAAAUCGGCUUCCAACUAGAGAUAGGUUGUCUGCUUGGGGUAUGCAAGUCCCUAUUAAUUGCUGCAUCUGCUCUCUUCACCCAGAAUCUAGAGACCAUAUCAUGCUCUCUUGUCCCUAUUCGAUUACUCUGUGGUCUGAGGUUGCUCGCAGGCUACGUUGCGUGGUCCCUAACUUCUACGACUGGGCUGAGCUUAUUCGUUGGGCUUGUAGUACAUGUCCUACCGCCCCUUCUGUGCUACGAAUGCUUGUGGUGCAGACUCUUCUCUACACGGUUUGGCAGCAGCGCAACAAUAUGCUCUUCAACCAGACUUUGUCUCCCCCGCUUGUGGCGUUUAAAGACAUCAACAGGCAGGUUGUUAACUCCAUCACAGCACUGCGGACGAGGAAGAAAUUCAGAGCCCUCAUGCAGCUUUGGUUAAUCUGA